GGAGAUGAAGAAAGCAAACGCUGCAAACACCACGUCCGAUCGAUUCGAUUAAUGUGGGAUGUGCUGGCAGAAGAAGCCGAGAUGGUUCAGGUACUUAUAGUGUUCCUGUCGUUGUCAGAGCAGCUGCGUUAUUUGCCGUUUUAAUUAUUUUAAACUCAUCAUGCCCUCGCAAGAAGGUCAGAAUGGUGCGCCUGUGCGAGAAUGGCGAAAUCAUUUCCCGGAUGGUGAUCUUUGGGUGUUUGGUUACGGGAGUUUGAUUUGGAAGCCACCACCGCAUUAUGACCAAAGAGUACCGGGCUAUAUAAGCGGCUAUGUCCGUCGUUUCUGGCAGCUUAGUUCCGACCAUCGCGGCACCUUAGAAGCCCCCGGUCGAGUGGUGACUGUCAUCGAACGCGAGUUUUGGGAGACGCUGGAUGAUCCUCUCGCACACCUCGAAUCCACAAGCGACACAGUCUGGGGCGCGGCAUAUCACAUCCCCGCCUCUCAUGCCGAAGAAGUCCACGAUUAUCUCGACGCCCGCGAGAUAAACGGCUACACGGCGCACUUUACGCCCUUCCACCCCUUCACCAAGUCUGAAUCUGAACAACCAAACUCCUCCUCACCCAUCACCUGCAUGGUAUACAUCGGGCUCCCCACCAACUCGCAAUUCCUGACCGACAAAGCGCGCCGCGAACCGCAGGACGUGGCGGCGGUGAUCAGCGCGAGUCGCGGCAAGAGCGGGAAGAACAGCGAGUAUCUGUUUAUGUUGGAGAAGGCGCUGGAAGGGCUGGGGCUGGGGAGUGCGGAUGGGCAUGUGACGGAUUUGGUGAAGAGGGUGGAGGGGAUUGAGAAGGGGGUUGCGGUGGAGGAAGAGGAGAGGGCGGAGAGGGAGGUGAAAGCGUCGUUGAGUGCGUCUGUGGAAGAGGCGCAUGGGCAUUUUCCCAAGACGGAGUAGGAUCUUCGAUUAGGUUGAUGCAUACCUUACCUACAUGGUAGAUUUAUGUUGCAUAAGAUUGGUUGAUGAUGGAUGAUUGACGUGGACUUACUUGCAUAUGCCAGAUUACCUUAGAUAUGAUGCAAUUAUACAAGGAUACAAGGGGUUUGUUAUAAAUUGGAAAGACGACAAAUGUGAUGUUAUUCCUUAGCGCUCGUAUCAUCUCAAAAAAGAGAAAAUAGUACUAGUCAUUUGCACCAUUAAGAUCAAAGAUCAUUCCAUCAUCAAAAGAUAUCGGGCCCCAUCAUUUCUUUUCAAUAGUUCGUAUCUCAUAACUUGCAUUCCAGGGUGAACAG